AUGAGAAGUGCUGAAACCAACAAUCACAAGCAUGCAUAUGAGGGAAAUCGCAAACAACACAAAAACCUCGACUGGCAUAGGGACUCUAGAGAAGUAUUCGGUGAGCAAACUUCGCUGAAGAUUGACGGGAUCCAAACCAACACAUGUCGUUCUAUAUCGGAAGCAAAAUGGGUUUGCCGGAGAAGUAUCCGGUAUAAGCAGAUGGAACCCGGAGAAGUAUCCGAUGAACCAUUGAAUGCCAAAACAGGCGGAAGACAACAUGUAACUAAGGGAGAGACAAAGAAGGAGGCGGAGCACGUCGGCCUGGAGACGGAGAUGAUGGACUCAAGGCUUGAAAAGAUUGAGACGAGACUUGUUUUAAUUCUUUGGGAGAAGAGCGGAGCAACAAAGAGAAGACAUCGUCCGAUGCCGGCGAGCAACAGCUACACCAGCGCCGGAAGAUAG